AUGAUUCUUGGUUGCCUCACCCGCAUGCCCCCCCUCUCUCCUUCACUCACUAUCUUCCCUUCUCACCCUAACCCCACUCGCAGAUCACCCUUUCUUACCCACCUAUAAAUCCCAUACAGACCCCUCUUCUCUCUCUCACCUGUAGUCUUUCACUCCCCAAAAAGAUCUUUAUCUAUAUCUGUUUCUCCUUCUAUACUUACGCAUAUCUUAUCUUUUUCCUUGGAUUUCUUCAGUUUCAAGAUUGUGAUAUAUAUUCUUCAAGUAUACAAACAUUAUAUAUAUAUAUAGUUUCAAAUGGCUGUGUCUGGAUUUGAAGGUUUUGAGAAAAGACUGGAGCUUCAUUUCUUUGGUGAUGACCCAGUGAUGGUUGACAAUAUGGGUCUUAGGCUUCUUGAAUUUGAGUCAUUAGUAAAUGUAUUAAAUGCUGUACAAUGUACUGUUGUAUCUGCUGUUGGUAACCAGUAUUUCGAUGCUUACGUGUUAUCAGAAUCAAGUCUCUUUGUCUACCCUACCAAGAUCAUCAUCAAGACUUGUGGGACCACCCAACUCCUCAAAUCCAUCCGUCCAUUGUUACACUAUGCUUGCAAUCUCGGCCUUUCUUUGUGUUCUUGUAGGUACACAAGAGGUAACUUUAUCUUCCCUAAAUCACAGCCUUUCCCUCAUACCAGUUUCAAAGAAGAAGUCAUCUAUCUCGAGGAAACUCUUCCUUCCAACCUUUGCUACAGAAAAGCUUCCGUUAUGCCUUCUAAGAUGACUUCUCAUUCAUGGCAUGUCUUUACUGCUAGUGAUCAAAAUCAUUUCAUAUCUCAAAACCACCAUCUUUACACCAUUGAGGUUUGCAUGACUGAGCUUGACCGCGUCUUGGCUCGUAAGUUCUUUCAGCCAGCUGGUGAUGGCAAGAAUGGUGAUGUAGCCGGCAAAGAAAUGACUAAACUUACGGGUAUUGGUGAUAUCAAUCCGGGGGCUAUAAUUUGCGAUUUUGCAUUUGACCCUUGUGGAUAUUCCAUGAAUGGUAUUGAUAGUGAUCGUUACUCCACCAUUCAUGUUACCCCAGAAGAUGGUUACAGCUAUGCAAGCUUUGAAUGUGUCGGGUCCAUCUUCGACGAUAGUGAUGAUGAUGUUGCUGAGGUUUUAAAGAAAGUUGUUCAAGUUUUCCGCCCAGCAACGAUGUCUGUAUCUACUACAUGCAAUAGCCAUGAAGUGUGGACACGUGUUGCCCAUUCACUCGACCCACUUGGAAUGAAAUGCCGGAGUUGCACAGUGGAUGAGUUCCCAGCCACAGGAAGCGUUGUAUUUCAAACGUUCACGGCCCGCCGGAAGUAAAUCGGAAAGAUUGGUGAAGGUAAAAGGUGGUAGAUAUAUUGAGGGGGAGAGAGGCAAAGAAUUAGGGUUUAGAAUUUGAGUAGAAAAAUAUUUAGGGCGGGUGAUAUUUAAGUGACGACGUGGAGAAACGUGAUUGGUGUCUAAGGGGGUGAUGAAUGUGAGAUCGACUUGUGUAGAAAGAUUAUUUUUUUUUCUUUUUCUUUUUUUCUAGAAAAAAAAAAAAGAAAGGUGGGGGAAAGGAUUUAGAGAUUGAGAUGAGAUGAUAUUGUUGGAAGCAUAGAAAAGAGGCAAUGAAUUUGGGAUGUAUAAUGAUAAUGCACCCCACUUAGGCUUGUCACGCCUAAGAUUUUUGAGCUAUUUUGUGUAGUGGGGGGGGAGAGAUGAAAAGUGCUCUUUGUUUUUCAGGUUUAUAUGAACUUUCUUUCUCUUUAUUAUUUUUUUUUUCUCUUUUUUCUUUGGUUUAUUUUCUUUUCUUUCACUCCUUAUGUCUCUUAUGUUCUUAGAUCAUUAAAGAACAAAUCCAUACUCUUGAUUAUACCCUUUUAUUCC